AUGCCUUCCACCGCGCCAUUGAUGCCAUUCCUCCGCCCACUGGGACUACCGCGCCCUUCAACGGUCAGGCAUUUUUUGUGCUUCUCCACCAGUCCGCAAUGCCUCGCAUCGUCCGCGCAGCAGCAGAAACCACAGCGCAGAGAAGACCGCAACCUCCUCGCAUCCAGAACAGCCUCCGCCACCUACCCGCCGCGCCACGUCCCCUCGCUCCCUCGCCCUAAAAUCUCCAAAGCUUCCCGCCGCGCCGCCCAUCCUCCAAAGGAGCGACAGUACCCAACACGCCAACAUCCUUACGCUACUCCAACCCCCCAUCGCUUACGUCCAGAGCCUGUCACGCCGUUACCUGAGAAGCAGUCAGCCCCGAACCUGGCCUACUUCGUCAACAGAACGCGCAGUAACGAGCUACCCGUGUACACCGACAGCAAGCGAGGCGGAAACCUGAAGUUGACGCUGGUUCGAAAAGUAGAUGGUGAGGUAGAGACGCUGAGGAAUGAUUUGAGAAGGAUGCUUGGAAAGCGCGUGGGUCUGGAGGAUGAGAGGGUGGUGGUCAAUGGGGUCACGCGGCAGGUGGUCAUCAAGGGUCAUUACAAGCCGGAGGUCGAGAAGUUUCUGAGGGAGAGGAGGUUCUAG